AUGCCCAACGCGUCCUUGGCGGCCUUCAAAAUCCCGACGUCGGGGCCGAUUCGCUAUCCCGGCUGUGAGAUUCAACAGAGAGAGCAGCGAUUUGAGGAUUUCGCUAUCCCGAUGUCGGGUCCCGAUGUACGAAGUUGGUACGAGGCGAAUCUGACGGUAGAAUAUCCCUACACUGUUACAGAAGAUGUCGCGUCUUAUAAAACUUUUCUGAACAGACUGAGAACAAGCGUGGCCACCAAAAAGAUAAACGAAAUCGACACUCUUCCGGCAGCUAGUGAAAACAAGUAUGUGAGAAUACAUCUGAGGUUUAUGGAUGCGGACGAGGCAAGCUGUAAUAUUUUCUUGAGAGCAUCAGACUUAUAUUUUAUUGGGUAUAAGAAUAAAGAUCACAAAUUGGUAGCACUUCAACCCGAUAACACGAAGACACAGGAAGUCGAUGCUCAAUUUUCCACCCUUCCAUCACCUCCCGUACCUCCUGCACAGCCUGCACCUCCUGUUCAAAUCGAAGAAUUGAGCUUCGGAGGUAACUACAACAGACUUGUGACAGUUUCCAAAAUCCAUGGAAGGGUGGAAAAUUGA